AUGAUAACAAUCGCAAUAUUUCCAACAUCAGCUCUGGGUGUAGGCGGGAAAUAUUUCCUGUUUUAUGAGUUAGAGGGAUCAAGCUUACAAUGGGAGAACCUGCAUGUGUCGCCACGGGAACAUGAUAAUUUAAGUCUACAGAUUGUGAAGAUAAUGAUAGCAGUGGACACAAUUGUUUACUUUAUACUGGCCUGGUAUAUAGAGAAUGUACAUCCAGGAUCUUAUGGUAUACCAAAGCCAUGGUAUUUUCCAUUCACAAGCUCUUACUGGUGUGGAACAUCACUUUGGGAAACAUGUUGUCUUAAACGUCUGUUCGGAAUUAAUCGUAGCAGACGUCGUUACUACCUCGUCAAUGAUGAUCCGGAAAAUGAUGAUGUCACUGUUGAUGAUGACUCAGGUAUAUAUUGGUGUGGGUGUAACACAGACUGUAUCUGUACACUAUAUAUUAAACCGGACCUGCGAGACUUGACAAGAGGAGAAGUUGUGAACAACUUGAGAAAGGUUAGUAUGAAUCAUAUAUCCUAUCAAGAUUAAUACAUCCAUAUGUCAAGAUUUAAAUAUAUUGCAUUGGUAUGUCAAGACUGAUAUUUUAAGAGGUUUUGUCAUGAUCAGAUUGUUGGCCUUUGUUAACUUUCCAUAUAGUUAGUCAUUUAUUUCAAUACUAUAAGCUUCAUAAUAUGUGGAUUAACCUUGAUGGUUUAAACCUGUCACACUCAUUAUGUGGUCAAAAAGUCAAAGGUUAAAGUCAUUGUGACCUUUAAUAUGUUAAGGUCCAUUUUCUCAGAAACUACCAAAGCUUUAAACUAAUUUACUUAUACAGUAGAAUCCCUGCUUAAGACCACCUCAGAAUAAAGACCAACCCGCUUUUGAGACCAGUUUUUAAAAGAACAGAAUUAAGACCACCUGGCUUAUACACUUUUAAGACCUCCAAAUUCAGUCCCAAUUCUUGUUUUGUUCUUUAUUUGACCUCACUAUUGAGAACACUGAUAUUAAAAUCAACACCUUCCUAGAUCUUAAAUAUGUUGUUCUGUUGUUAUCUGCUUGAAUGCUCUUAGGCAUGACACUUGAUUUCACAAGGUGUCAAAAACUGUUGUUAUUGGGUUAUUGUAUGAAAUAAGGUGAGAAAGUAAAUUUUAGAGUGGUUUAAUGUUGCUUUAAGCACAUUUAUUUUGUGAAGAAAUAGAGUGUAGGACA